UGAGAACUCAGAAUCAUGGAAAUAAUUUGCAUCAAUCUUUUCCAUUUGGGACACAUUUCUUCUACCAUCGUUCAGUGACAUAAAAUAAGGUCAAUUAUUCAAAAGAGAAGAAAGAAAUGGAAAAGCAAAAAAAGAAGAAAAUGCUGUUCAGGACGAGUCCAAGUGAAAGACAAAUUGAAGUAUAUUUUAGACCUCAGAGGGAUUAAUAUCCAGCUCCGAUUCUCGUUCUUCUCUCGCUUCCCCGCGAAAAAGCAUCUCUGGCAAAGCUGUUGGAGAACCUCCACUCCGACAGCAGUCGAGAGUCAAAUCCUCUAGGGGGAGCCGCACAGCUCUCCGCUCCAAUCCAGAAGUCCUACCUGGCAUAGACGGACUCUAGUUACUCCCUGAUCGAGGUUGUUGUGCUUUUAAACGCAUGCGCAGCCGCGCCCCGUUGUGCCUCCGCCGCUGAGUUUCAGGAUCGGGUUUCGCGGGCAGAGCGAGAAAAAGAAGUGGGAGCUGUUGCUGACUCGUCGCCUGCGGCUGGGAAAGGUGGUAUUGCUGGCCCCCCGCAGGCACCUAUUUGGUUACAGGAACUAUUUUUAACAGCUGUAUUGUUGAACUAAGCAACUGCUAAUGAAGUUGACGAAGUACUAAGUAGUAAGAAAGAUCUCCAUAUGAUGAUUUUUUUAUCAUGGCAAAUGACACUUUGGAAGGUUUUCAUGAAGUGAAUCUAGCUUCCCCGACUACUCCAGAUCUUUUAGAAGUGCAUGAAUCUAAAACUUCUGAAGAACCUACCUCACCUACCAUAAUUUACCGGCUUCAUCCCUCAGCUGUAUGCUCCUUACCUAUUCAACCAAGUGUUCUGAAUGUGACUGAUCUUCCUACACAACCUGUCUACUCAUCUGCUAGGCACCUAAAUUGUGCAGAAACACCAGGUAUCAGCAUCAAUGUCACAGAAACUGUAUCAUGUUCUACCUCAGGAAGCUAUGGUGGGAAGGACAACUGUAGCGCAGAGAGAGAAUUUUUGCAGGGUACAACAGUAACCGACUUUUCUGAAGGAAGAGAUGAUGUUUUUGGUCUGAGCACAGAUGGUCUCUCUCGUCUGCGAAGCCCAUCGGUAUUGGAAGUUAGAGAGAAAGGCUAUGAAAGACUUAAAGAGGAACUUGCUAAAGCUCAAAGGGAGCUGAAACUAAAAGAUGAAGAAUGUGAGAGGCUUUCUAAAGUACGUGAUCAACUUGGCCAGGAACUGGAAGAACUCACUGCUAGCCUGUUUGAGGAAGCUCAUAAGAUGGUGAGAGAAGCUAAUAUAAAGCAGGCCACAGCAGAAAAACAGUUGAAAGAAGCACAAGGAAAGAUUGAUAUACUUCAGGCUGAAGUAGCAGCUCUGAAAGCAUUAGUGCUAUCUACUUCUCCAACUUCGCCAACAAAAGAGCUUCAGUCUAGUGGAAAAACAGUCUUCAGAAAAGGCCACACAAGGAACAAGAGUACAAGCAGUGCAAUAGGUGUCAAUAACCAGGAAGUUAACAUGAUGCAGCCAAUUGUAAAGGACUGCAAAGAGGCUGAUAUAUCUCUAUACAAUGAAUUCAGAUCCUGGAAAGAUGAUCCUACCAUGGACAGGACAUGCCCUUUUCUCAAUAAAAUCUACGAGGAGGAUAUCUUUCCAUGCUUAACCUUCUCAAAAAGUGAGUUGGCUUCUGCUGUCCUGGAAGCUGUAGAAAACAAUACAUUAAGCAUUGAGCCUGUUGGUCUGCAGCCUGUUCGAUUUGUAAAGGCUUCUGCAGUUGAAUGUGGAGGACCCAAAAAAUGUGCUCUCAGUGGACAAAGUAAAUCCUGCAAGCAUCGAAUCAAGCUGGGGGACUCAGGAAACUACUAUUAUAUUUCUCCUUUCUGUAGGUAUAGGAUCACAUCAGUAUGUAAUUUCUUCACAUACAUUCGAUAUAUUCAGCAGGGGCUUGUGAAACAGCAGGAUGUGGACCAGAUGUUUUGGGAAGUCAUGCAACUGAGGAAAGAGAUGUCGCUGGCAAAACUUGGCUAUUACAGGGAGGAGCUGUAACUCCAGCAUUUCUGAUGCCUGCAUGAACUUCCAUAACUGUACAUACAUUUGAGCUGGUUCUAUAUCCAUGUCUAUUUAUUUUGAAAUGGGUCCAAGAUUAUGUGCAGUUUGCACUACAUACUCUUGUAAUUCAACAGAAUAAUUUUACACAAGAGAUUAUAAAGCUGGCAAGGCAAGAGAAUUUUCAGGUAUACUUGUGACUAUAACUUAUGAUUGAGAAAUUUAGGUGAAACACUGCUCAAGAUUUAUGUGCAUUUUUGUGUGUUCUAGAGAGAGUUUUUAAUAUAAAAUUUCAGCUUAAUAAAAAGUUAAAUCUGAACCUUU